AAGACAUUUCAACAUUUCAAUUUUCAUGUUGCUGUCAUUGUGUAUGGCUUGUGUCUGUGUUUUACUGUUUUCUAAGAUCUGAUAAUAUAUUUGCAGUGGGAUGGGCGAGUUAAUAUAAUAAAAAUGAAUACCCUUUUGAUGUACGUCCGUAGCUUGCUGGGCUGGGGUGAUAAAGAUACAGACAUCAGAUUAAACGUAAAACGACAAAGGUCGGAAUAUGAUGAUUAUCCGUCUGAUGAUGAAAGCCCCAAGAGACUGAAACAAAUGAACAAAACUAUUUUCCCUGAAGUGAUGUCGUCAAAAGGUAAACCCCUUACAUUGGAUUUAUUGGAAGAGAAGAGGUUAAAAAACAUAAGAUACGUCCCUAUUGAAGUGGAAGAUGGACAUCCUAGCACAUCAACACCUUAUGAGAGUAUUAAUAAAGAAAAUCGUAUUAGAACAGUGCCAAUAAAAUUAGUUGGACGGCAAAAUGGGUCUCUCACACCCAUGAGGAAACCAAGAGUGCACACUCCAGUUGCACCCGUGAUGAGGGCUGUUGUUCUAGAUGACGAUGAUGAUGACAAUGAGGUAACUUUAGUGGAAGCAAAACCAGAAAAAACAAAGAUACCAACAAAAUUAUAUGUGAAUUUAGAUGAUGAGGCCAAUGAUGAUGAUGUUGUAUUUGUUAAGAAGAUAUCCACUCCUCCGCCGAGAGCACCUUACAAAUUCUUCUUAUCCAAAAAUAAUGAUGUCACAGAUUUUGUUGGCAGCGAUGGUGCCAAAUACAAACUGUACGAGAAAGUCAAUGAAAGGAAAUCCAGCCUGUCACCACGGUCAUAUAGUGUACUACGACACAAUACGGGAAUAACAAAAUCAUAUAAAAGAACACCUAAUGUUUCUCUACCAAACUGGGUUAAAGAGAGAUCAUCCAGUAAUCCACGAUUUAAGAAUUAUUACAACCUUAAUGGCAACACAGAUGCAACGAUAUCUAAACUAUUUAAUAUACAAGCAAAGAAUGAUUAUAUGGAAUUAAUUAAAAAUCAUGCAUCAGAUAAACCAAUACCUUCAAAGAAGCUUAUUGAUAUUGUUAAUUUAGCAGAUGAUUCAGCAUCAUUUAGACUAACUAAGAAAACUCAGAAGAGUUCACUGAAUGAAAUUUUAAGAUUAGAAAAAGACCUUAAGAAUAGUAAAGACAAUGAAGCGACUAGAGAAUAUGACCCUAUAACUGUGGCAUCUAUAAAUUCAUCAGACUCUGAAGUAGAUAUAAUCCAAUCAGAUACAUCUACAGUCUCAUCAAUAAGAAUAGAACCAGUCAAUACACUCCGUGACUCAUUCAAGGAUAAAAGUGUUACGUCUAGUGAUUGGUUAAAAAAUAUAGACGCAAAAUAUAGAAAAUUGAAGAAAGACAACCAAGAGAAGUUAAAAGAUGUGAGACGAGAGUCAGAUAUAAUAUCGAAAGUGAACCAUGAACAGAGUUUAGCAAGAUUAAGGACUAAGUUGAAGUAUGAUUUAGUGUUAGCUGAGAGUUUAAUAGAAGAAGAGCAGCCGACUGUAGAGUUACCUCCUCUAACGGCUGAACAAGAGAAGCUUGUUAAUAAAGCAUUGGGCCCAGGGCCGCCGGGACAAGUGUUUAUUGAAAAGUUCAAUUUAAGGAUAACAAGACGAGAUCUCCAAACACUGCACGACCUCAACUGGCUGAAUGACGAGGUGAUAAAUUUCUACAUGAACCUGCUGAUGCAGAGGUGUGAGGAACGGAAAGACCUGCCGAAGGUUUAUGCGACGAAUACGUUCUUUUAUCCUAAGCUAAUGCAGUCUGGACAGCCAGGGUUGAGGCGGUGGACAAGGAAGGUGGACAUAUUCGCUCACGACAUCAUGGUUGCACCGAUCCACCUGGGCGUCCACUGGUGCAUGAGUCUCAUAGACUUCCGGAAGAAGAAGAUCUCAUACCUGGACAGUAUGGGUGGCAGGAACCAGGCGGCUCUGGAUGCGCUACUCAAGUAUUUGAAGGAUGAGCAUCAAGAUAAGAAGGGACAGCCGUUUGAUGACGCUGGCUGGAAGACUGAAAACUUGAAGGAUAUCCCGCAACAAAUGAACGGCAGCGAUUGCGGCAUGUUCGCGUGCACGUUCGCCGAGUUCACGUGUCGGGAUGCGCCCUAUACCUUCACGCAGGCGAACAUGCCCUAUCUCAGGAAGAAGGCGGCUCUAGAAAUAAUACAAGGCAAAUUGUUGCUGUAGGAACAUAUCGGCCAUGAAAUGUUGACAGUAAGACGGAAUGUGGGUUAAGCCAUAAAAACAUGGAUGAGAUUACAGCUUGUACACAUGAUCUGACUCAAACAUGCAAUAGAUAUAUUACAAGGACUGGUGCGAUAGGCUGUGGACUUGUUGAUUUGAAUCGGGAUGAAACCGUUGCCACAGUUAUUCAGCGAAUUAAUUAGCCAACUUACAUGCUCUAUAAAAAUGCUAUUCAAUAUUAAUACUACAGAAGGAUCAGGAAAAUUAAUAAUGAUGACGAUAAUAUAGAAAACAGGAAAAGAUGUUCUGAUUGCUCUAUUAUUUAAAUUCAAUCCACGAGAAUUGCCUUCGAUUAUUUAUUCAAAAUUGUUGUAAGUUCUGGAAGGACUCAUUGAAAAUUUAACAAAAAAAAGAAACAAAUGUCAUUGGUUCUUACUUGACUUAUUUGAUUAACUUAUCCUUGAAGUGGUUCAUACAUCGUCGCACAAUUAUAACUUACAUAAAAUUUUCUAUCCGAAGCACAUUUUGAGCGGAAAAUCCCAUAAUUAUUAGUUUUACAAGCGUAAUUGUUUCAUAUAUGCAGAUAUAAUUGUAUUUGUGAGAUAAUAAAUUGUAAUACAAUAAUGAGGACGAAAAUUUCAAAAUGAAAUUCUAUUUCAUGCUAUAUUAAAUAAUUUACAAGAUAUCCAUACCUAUAUACCUACAUUAUAAAAUAUAGUGAAAAAGCGAUGUUUUUUCUAAGGUUUUAUUGUAGUAUGGUAAACAUUUUAAUAUUUAAAUAAAUGUACAGUGAAGUUUUAAAGUAAUAAUUUGUACCAGCUGCAUAUAAUUUGAUUAUCAAACAUUCAUAACAACGAAUAAGAGGUUAGAAGGACCUUGUGGGCGUUUCAAGAGCUUCGCUCAUGUUUGAAACAGCCAUAACAUGUCAACCUGUAUGUUGACAAUAAAUAUAACAUAAACCAAAGCCGCAAAAUAUAGAAAUAUAAUAAAGUAUACUUUUUUGCAGUCCCAUCGUCAAUCCAUUGCUUAUUUCUCGAAUGUUCAUGAGCGGUGGUGAUCCGCUAACCAUCAGGCGAACCACCAGCUCAUGCCCGUUUUAUUAUUAAAAAAAACUGAUAGAAAAUUAUUUCAAUUAUAAAUCGCUUGUAACUUAUAUGCUCAAGCAUAUAGAGGGAGAAAAGCGAGGACAUGUUUUAACACAAAUCAGGAACUAUACCUUUCUUACGUCUUAUCUGUUUUGUGACAGACAUAUAACUGCUUUACUAUUAAUGCAUGUUCUUGAGACAGCAAUAUGUAAAGAGCACGAUAAUUUUUUUUUUCCAACAAUUGCUAGGACUAGUCUUAUGUUAAGGUUCAAGCCCUUUUAUUUCAUUAAUAUGUCCUUUUAUUGUAUUAUUUUUAUUACAUCUCAGCAUUUAUAAAUAUAAUUAAAUGAGUGACUAACAGAUCGCGUCGGUAGAAAUGUUGUUUGCGUGGAAUGAAAUGUCAAAUAUGGCCGGUCCCUUAUUUGUAAAAUAGGAAUCAUUGAAUAUCGGUUCCAACUAGAUACUGUUAACGUAAGAUAAUUUAAUAAUGUAAAUAUCUUUGGAACAAAUGUUUCAACCUGUAGGAACUCGGGUUGUAAGUCAUGUGAAUGUCGGAUUGCUUAUUGGAAUAUGCUUAAUGAUCUCUGUAUCAUUAGAGUAUCUGUACAUUUGAUAUUAAAUAAAACACAGUAAAGAUCGAUAUUCUAUGAAAAAAUACAAAUUUUUAUUUACGAUUGAAAUUCUGGUUUAAUGAUAAUGUUUCAAAUGGCCCCAUGACAUAUUGGAAUAAGUAUAAUAAUGAUUUUAAAUGUGAAAUAUUUUUAAAAAUACUUUUCCAUUACAGAGUAUUCAAAUAAGCAAACUGACGUUUAGGAAUUUCACAAAAAUCUUAUCACCUUUCUUAGAUAAUCGAUAGAAUUUUAAACAAUGUUGUAAAGCGGUGAUAAGUAUUUUUGUGAAAUAAAAAAUGCGUAGUAUUGUAAUUGGACAUUCGUAUUUAAUUUAUGUGUAAGUUAUUCCGUUUCCACACUGUUAUACAUGUUUCAUACCAUGACAGAUUAUAAACCGAAGAUUCGCGCCCUUUUGUAGAACAAUAAUGGCCGCUAGGCAUAAAUGCAUUGUAUGAAAAAUAUAACAUGUCAUUAAGUUUUUUUUCUCUGUGACGAUAAAAGAAAUAGAUGAUUUUUUUUUUUUGUUAUUCGUAUUUAUUUGUCACAGCAAAUGCUGUGACAAUAUUAUAAAACAUGUAUUUUUUGUCAUGGUAUCUCCUAGACAUAAUCAUUUUACAUCGCAGACCCAGCAUCCCAGAUAUGUAAUUAAGAGUUUUCUAAUACAAUAAAACAAUUUGAAAAUA